AUGGGGAAAGUGACAUACCAAGAUGGAAUAGCUAUCCUUCAGCUCAUCGUCUUCCCGUUCAUCCUCGUCGCUUCCCUUUUCAUCUGGAAACGAACAGGCUGGAGAGUUGGCGCCAAGAUCUGGCGAUAUCCCUUCACCCUCUCUCUCAUUCGGCUUGCUGGCAGUAUUGCUACAUUAAUUUCCAUCGAUAAUAAUUCGGAAAAUGUCCAAAUUGCCAUAUUCGUGUGCCAGCUGAUUGGCAUUGCGCCCCUGUUGUUGGCUUAUGUCGGAAUGCUGAGACUGAUUGACUUGGAAAAGAAGAUUCCUCCUCGUCCCCUCCUCCUGGUGACUCUUAUGGCUAUCAUCGGCCUAAUCCUUGGUAUAGUCGGAAUCAGCACCGCCGAUACAUCGCACGGAUACACCCCAGGAACGUUGCCCAAAGCAGCCAUGGGUCUCUUCCUCGCUGUAUACGUCCUGGUCAUCCUCCUUACCGCUUGGCUUUUCUACACCUACUCCUUCGCAACGCUCAAGUAUCAGAAGAAGCUGUUCCUUGGUAUUGCCUUGUCCGCUCCCUUCCUGUUGGUUCGGAUGGUCUACUCGGCCCUCGGUGACUAUUCCAACAAUCCGAAGUUCUCGGUGGCUUCAUUAGCCGAGAACAAUCACACCAGCCUCACUGUCUAUUUGUGCAUGUCUGUACUUGAAGAGAUUAUCUCUAUGGUCAUCGCUAUGAUCUUUGGCGUGUCGGCUAUCCUGCAGUCAGACUUUGUGAAGCCUACUCGGGAAGGAGAGGAGCCAAAGCCUAAUGAUGUGUGA